UCGUAGUACGUUACGCGCCCCCCUCCCUCUCCCUCGUCACCCCACCCGCCACAACCGCUCGCCGUCCGUCCGUCCGUCCCGUCCACCGCCGUUUCCACCCACCACCUCAACCCACUGCAGUGCAUUCCUCCGGUCCUCCCACCCCGCGGCUCCUCUGCCCGGCCGUGCCGUUUGACCUCGCGCCCGCCCCGUCCCUCUCCAUGGUCCAUGCUCCCUGCCCUGCCCUGACGCGCGCUGCACUGCACCGCACGUAGCCCUGCCGCCGAGGACGGCGACCUCGCCUUGCCCCCUCUCCGGCUCGCCCCGCAGUUACUCGCCUGUCCCGCGGCAAAAAGCUUCUCCCCCGCCCUCGCCCAUCCCCUGCUCGAUAAAGUUCGCAAUGCAGCUCCAUGCCCGCCAUUAAUGCCCACCUUCCUUCCUCGGCACCUUCCCGGUCAGAGAUUCCUCCUCCGUCUCGCUAGCGCAGUUGCCGUUCCCGUGCGUGCUUCCCCUGCUCGAUCUGCUCUGCUUCCGUCCCGCUGGGAGCUUUUCCCGGGGCUUGGAGCCAUCUGCUUGUCCCCUUCCCUCUCGUGUUUCCCUGCCCGCCCACGCCCUCGCACCCGCAGCCUGUCCAAAAAGUUUCAAUCUUGGAGCCCCCUACUCCUCCUCCCCCCCCCCCCCCCCCCCCCCCCCCCCCCCCCCAUCUCUCUCUCUCACCCGGCCGCAAGCGUGGCUCCAAUAAAAGCUUCCCGCGCCGCAGCCAUCCCCACUCCAGUCCACCUCCCGUGUGGGUUGAAUUUUGGCCGGCUUCCGGUUCAGCCUUUCAGGUUCUGGAGGCGCGCGCCGGGUGAUUCCUCCAUUGCCGAAAGCUUCCGCCGUCUCGGAGGUACCCCCGCCCCGCUGUUUUCUUGCUCGCCGGGAAGCUACCGGAUUUUGGUGGCACCCGGCGAGCCAAUUCCGGCCAUGAUCUUGUAUUUUGUGCCGCCCGACGGAUGGACGGACGGAACAGCCGCAAGGGUCCAAACACCUUUUUCUUCGGAUGCUCUGCCUCUGCUAGUCCCCUCCGGCGCUGAUUUCGAGCCAGCCAGGCGAACUGACGCUGGCUCCGCGAUCUUGCAGGUGUGCAUUUUGGCAGUCUGCCAUUGCCGAGGGCGGGGGAGAGGCGCUUCGGUCUCGGCGCGGGGGAUGGAGGGGCGGGGGAGGCGGCCGCGGAGCCCGGAGCGGCGGAGGCCGCCGGCGAGGAAGGUGCCGGUGGUGUACUACCUCACGCGGAGCCGCCACCUCGAGCACCCGCACUUCGUCGAGGUGCCGGCGCCCUCCUCCUCCGACGGGCUCUACCUCCGAGAUGUGAUUCGUCACCUCAACAUGGUGCGCGGCAAGGGCAUGGCCUCCAUGUACUCCUGGUCCUGCAAGAGGAGCUACAAGAAUGGGUUUGUGUGGCACGAUCUCGCAGAGGACGACCUCGUCCUCCCGGCCACCGACGGCGAGUAUGUGCUCAAGGGCUCCGAGAUCCUGGACCAACCUUCUUCAGGUCAAUUUCACCAUGGUAGUAAUGGCAACCAGAAGCAGCAGAGCAGGGUGAAAGAGGGUAGUACAAGGUUGCCUUUGUCAAGGGAGGCCUCCUUCUCCUCCUCCCCACCCAGUGUGACAGUCAGAGAAGCCAAGCCUCGGCGCGUGCCAUCGGUGCCUUCGCGGGACGAGGACGACUCCCCCUCGCCCUGCCGGGGCACCUCCUCGGAGACAAUGUCGCCGGAGUCGGAGCCUCAGAGGACUGUCAUGUCACGGCCGACGCCGGCAGAAUUCAGGGUUUUCAAGCCCACCGGUUUGAUGGAUGCCGCAACUCAAACCGAUGACCUCGGCAGAAGAUCAGCUCGGAGAGCACCUGAGAUGCACAAGAAGAGUCUGAGCACUGAUCAUGACGCUGUGGUUCGUGAUGUUACCGAGUACCGGCAGCAGAGCCAUCCGCGCCGGUCGGCCGAGCUCCAGGGGAUCUCCAGGGAUGUCAUGUCCCACUGUGCCACUCCACUGAGCAUGGCCUCAACCCAUGGCAAGUCCGAGAGCUUGGAGUCGUUGAUACGUGCCGACAACGCGUCAGCUAACAGCUUCAGGAUUCUUGAGGAGGAUGACAUUGUCGUGCCGACCUGCCCGAAGCUGAGGCCGGCGAAUGUGCUGAUGCAGCUCAUCACCUGUGGUUCACUUUCAGUGAAGGAUCAUGACAACAUUGGCCUUGUUGGGGCUUACAAGCCAAGGUUCCCGAACCUGAAGUUCCCGUCGCCGCUGAUUUCUCGCUCCAUGAUGAUGGGUGAGCUCGAUUACCUAUCAGAGAACCCCAGAUUCAUUGGGACACGGAUUGAAGAUAAGGAGUAUUUUAGUGGGAGCAUCAUCGAGACCAAGACGCAGAGAGACGUUCCCGCCGAGAGGCACUCGGUGCUUAAAAGGUCUUCUUCGUAUAACGCAGAAAGGGGCGGCGAGAACCUCUGCGACUGCACGGGGCCCGAUGAAGAAGAGAUGGUACCGCGCUCGAGGUGCCUGCCCCGGACGCCAAUACUGUCAUCCUUGCUGCACCCGAAGAGCGAGACGCAGAAGUCCCCGGUAUCGGACUGCAGGAGGAGCUCCUCGGCCGGGCCGGACUCGAUUGACGGCGGGAGCAAGCGGUUCACCGACGCGUCGUCGAGGGUAGAGUCCUUCAGGAAGGAGAGCAAGGAGAAGCUCGUCAAGAUCGAGGAAAGUUAAGUGCUCCAACUCUUUGUCACUGCACUGGGCUGCCGUCGGGAGCCCGCGUCGUGAUCCAGUGCACCGUGCCCUGCGACGACGGCGACGAAGAUGCAUUCUGAAGCCUCCUGGACUUGCAGCUGACCUGGCCACGUGACGUGGCGCUCUCUUUGCUUCUUUAGAUGAUGAUGAAUGAGUUGCUGACGAGUUUGUGUUUUCUUUCUUGAGAUGUGUAGUGUGUUAGCUUUAUUCUUCAGGCGUAAUGUAUAUUUUUUUUUUCUGUUCUUUGGUUUUGUUGAAAUUUUGUCCUCGUUAUCAGUUGUAGUAAGUGCCUGUUAAUCCCAUUUUGUGCUCGUUAUCAGUUGUAA